AUGGGAGGUGGGGCCCGGCCGGAGGCACCUGGGCAGGUUGUCGAGGAAGAGGAGGGAGGGCUUGGGAGCCAGCGGACGGGGGCCCGCGAGGGACACACCGCCCUCCUUGUCGCCAUGCCUCCCCGCGGUGCCUUCUGGGACGUGCUGCUGGGCCUGGCCGCACCAGCCGCGCCGGCCAGUUGGUAUGCCAGUUUGUACUUCUGCUGCGCCAUCGAGGGACAAGACAACGAGCUCAUCACCCUGGAGCUUAUCCACCGAUAUGUGGAACUGCUCGACAAAUAUUUUGGCAGUGUGUGUGAGCUGGACAUCAUCUUCAACUUCGAGAAGGCCUACUUCAUCCUGGACGAGUUCCUGAUGGGCGGGGAGGUGCAGGACACCUCCAAGAAGAGCGUGCUGAAGGCCAUCGAGCAGGCAGACCUCUUGCAGGAGGUAGAGGAGGACGAGUCACCCCGGAGUGUGCUGGAGGAGAUGGGCCUUGCAUAAUGGGUCAGGAUCCCGGCUGCCCCCCCACACUGCCACUGCCCCCCCGCUGAGGUCCUUCCCUGGGCACAAGGCGCCCUGGGCGCCCAAGCCCAGGGGCUGUUGUCCCACGCCAGAGACCCCCGCCAUCCUGUGCUGCUGGGACUUUUAAACUGUACGGUGCAACUCCUGGGCCCCCCCCCGCAACGGGGAGAGGAGCACUUGUCUUGGUGGGGGCGGGGGCCCUUCUGCCCCAGCCUCGGUCGGCUGGCAAAGACGCUCGCUGCCGUGUGCCCGGGCGCUCGGCUGUGUGUGGGGGGAGGCGUCAAGUCUCCCCCGUCCGCCUUCGCUCGCCGUCUGUUCAGCCUUCUGUGCCCCGACCCGCCCCCAGUCUUCGCACCAGCAACACGGCUCUUCCCGCCCCCCCCCCCCACACGAGGGCCCCCCAGCGGC